UAUUUAUAUUUAUAUAUACAGCAGUCAGAGGCACCUGCCUCCGUGUAGUGAAGGACGAACGUGAGAGAGAGAGAGAGAGAGAGUGCAGGAUAUUUGCAUCCAUUUCGUCUUCAACAUCUUUAAACAGACGCUCUAGUCUUCUGUCGUCCACCAUGUUGGCUGUCGGACUCUUCGUGCCCCUACUGUUGCUACGGGUUGGCUGUUGCCGGGCGACCGAAGUUCCAGAGGAUGCAAGUGCCGAGUUCUGGGUCAGACUGUACCAUCAGCUCCAGAUGGCAGGGACCGAUGACAACAUCAUCUUCUCUCCACUGAGCGUGGCGCUAGCGCUGGGUAUGGUGGAGCUCGGAGCUCGAGGGUCCUCACUGCAGCAGAUCAGACAGGCUGUGGGUUACACACAGUACAGAGAAGACGAGGAGUUCGCUGUCCUCAAGAACCUAACCCAGGCUCUGAUUGUAGAUGAGGCCCAGUACGUGGUGCAUUUGGCAAACUCACUCUUCCUGCAGACCGGUGUUCACUUUAACCCUGAGUUCCUAAAGCUCAUUAAGCAUUAUUUCCAUGCUGAAGCAGAAACAGUGGACUUCAACGAGUCAGCUGCUGUGGCUCAACACAUUAAUGCCUGGGUCCAGAACCACACUGCAAAUAAGAUUCAUGACCUGGUUUCUGCGGAGGAUUUCAGCAGCUUGACAAGAAUAACACUGAUUAACGCGGUGUACUUCCGAGGCAGCUGGAAGAAUCAGUUUCGACCUGAAAACACAAGAACAUUUUCCUUUAGUAAAGAUGAUGGCAGUGAGGUGCAAACGCUGAUGAUGUACCAACAGGGUGACUUUUACUACGGUGAGUUCAGCGAUGGCAGCUCAGAGGCAGGAGGAGUGUAUCAGGUGUUGGAGAUGCCAUAUGAAGGUGAAGACAUGAGCAUGAUGAUUGUUUUGCCAAGACAGGAAGUUCCGCUGGCCUCAUUAGAACCGAUCAUCAAGGCCUCGCUGAUUGAGGACUGGGCCAAUAACGUCAAGAAGCAGAAAGUGGAGGUUUACCUGCCCAGGUUUAAAGUGGAGCAGAAGAUUGACCUGAGAGAUGCAUUACAGCAGCUCGGCAUCAAGAACAUCUUCACCAAAGAAGCAGACCUGUCGGCCAUGACAGCUGACACAGAAGAAGGGAGGGAUCUGUUCAUCGGGAAAGCCGUACAGAAGUCUUACCUGGAGGUGACAGAGGAGGGAGCGGAGGGAGCUGCCGGAUCAGGAAUGAUUGCUCUGACAAGGACCAUGGUGUUAUACCCUCAGGUUAUGGCUGAUCAUCCCUUCUUCUUCAUCAUCCGGAACAGGAAGACAGGGUCCAUCCUUUUCAUGGGUCGAGUCAUGAACCCAGAGGUCGUCGAUCCCUUCGAUCCUGACUUUGAUUCUGUUUAAUGCACCAUGAAUAGAAAGUAACGAGGCCCAAAGAGCGCCAAUGCCAUGUAUUUUCCCCUUCAUGGUUUUCUACAGGGAGAACCCUGCAUACGCAAAUUAUACUCUACAUCAUAUGUGAUUGUAUUUUGAUACUCUCAGCUUUAACCACAGGAGCAGAUGUUGUAAAUAUAUCUGAGAUAUCGGUCUCCGUGGCCAUGAUGGUAAAAGCAGCACAUGCAUUUAUACAUAUUUAUUGAGCUAAUUAACUGCAUUUCUUUUUCACCAGCCUCAGAGUAUGCACUCUUCUUUACUGUAAAUUUGCUGUUGUGUUUACAAAGUAGAUAUUUAUUGAAUAUAUACGUGCAGUUUUCUCUUACUUCUCUCUCUCUCUUGCUUUCUAUCUUUUUCCUCACUGUUCUGAAUCUUAGUAUUUUUAAUCUUCAAUGUGGCUGAAGUACUGCUGAAAUAUUGACAUGCCUUAUAAGUUUUCAAUUUCAUGAAUGUACAGUUACGGAAGCAGGGUUACCAUGGUGACUCAGUAUGCAGACCAUCUGUUUGGUGUACAGGGAUUUGAAUAAGAGACACACCAGCUGUAUUCUUGAUUUCAGAAAUAAAUAUGAAUGUGGAAAAAUCUA